AUGACUUCAACACGCCAGCCACAGCAGCUUUAUGCCAUCACGAUUUUUGGGUAUAAGAAAGAGGGAAUGGAUGAAAAAGAGUAUCAUGAUUAUGUUAGCAAGAGCCAUGCCGGUCAUCUCAAGGCUUUGCUUGCAAAGAAUCAUAUUGUUUCCUACACUAUGCAACAUAAUACUUCACAAACACGGGCGCUACUGGGACAGAUUCACCCCGGCAUUACCGCCGAGAAGGAGGCAGAUUGCGACAUGGUCGUUCAAAUUGUCUUUAGGGAUAUCCAGGACUAUCUUCGGGUGCGUCAGGAUCCGCACUGGAUUAAUGUGGUGAACCCGGAUCACGUAAACUUUGCCGAUGGGAAGAGGACAAAGUUCGUGACUGGUUGGUAUGAGAUCCACGUUACCAACGGUCUUGUAGUCUCUAAAUAG